UUUUUCUCUUCUUGGAGUCGGAGCGUUUGCGCGAAGCACAGCAGCAGCAGAUUGAAUGAAGUGUGUUUGCAGGCAGCUGGCCACACGGAGGACACCGUGCUGGCCUGUUCAAGAUGCCGGAGAUGUACACCGAGAAUGCAUCAGUACGUGUUUCAUUCUAGGACGGGGGAUUUGAGCCUCGCUACAUUCCCCCUGUAGCUCCAUUUUUAAAGAAGAAAAAAACGAGCUGCGGGGCCUUGAGAAAGCAAUCUCCGCCUUGAUGGUAUCUGGACAGCAGGCGACUGGCAGCUCUCUGCACGGAUGAUAAAGAACUUGGGAAAGGAAAUGGUCAAGAUGGCAGCUGUGCACGGAGAGAUAAAGCUGAUGUGGUGGCAUUAGGUGUAGUAAUUUUCAUUUUAUUUGGCAUGCACGACGCAGGAUCGCGGUGCAGGACGCGGGCGCUUGUGAAGGAACGCCGUUUGGAUUCAUGUAAGAAGAAGACUGGCUCUUCCUCUCUUUUACUCCACAUUUAACGAAAUUGCAAUGCAUGUUGACCAGGGUGUGGGCUGUGCAGGAGAAAAGGCAAUGUUUUGUUAAUGCUGGUCAGCCCCGAUCGGGUCUGUGUGGUGCAGAUAGACGCCUUGCUGGAGGAUAGAAAGACGGACACGUGCUGGGACUGGGCUGCAGGCUGGACAUUUGCAUACCGUGCAUAGUAAAUAAACUGCCUCUGAAGCCUGCACACAACAUUGAUGGAAUGCGACCUGAGUGAUUUUAUAAACCUUUGUGCUGCGACCGAGAUAUUCCGAGGAACAUGGCUGAGGCUCCGCGCGAUGGCAACGAGCCCCCCUUAAACGUUGAGAUAGAUCCGGAUUUCGAGCCUCAGAAACGGCCGCGGUCCUGCACUUGGCCGCUGCCCCGUCCGGAGUCUGGUGCGGGCAAACCCGGGACAAAUGACACUGACGUAAUCCCUGAAGAAGAGGAUGAUGAGGGGGGCAGCACGGAGAGCGGGGACGCGCAGAAAUCCAGCGGUGCUAGUGGUGUUAAACCCCGGGAGGCGAGCAGCAGCAGCUCAAUCUCCCAGCCCGUGGAGGUCCAGCGGGGCCCCAGCAAGGAGGAGGCCGCCGAUGGCUCGCCUUCCUCGGCGCAGACCCCCACCGCGGCUCUGGGUGGCUCUGCCUCCCAGCAGCUGAGGAAGUCCUCCGCCCGCAGGAACGCCUGGGGCAAUUACUCCUAUGCAGACCUCAUUACCCAAGCCAUCGAGAGCUCCCCCGAGAAGAGGCUGACCUUGUCCCAAAUCUAUGACUGGAUGGUGAGGUCUGUGCCAUAUUUCAAGGACAAAGGCGACAGCAACAGCUCUGCUGGCUGGAAGAAUUCCAUCCGACACAACCUGUCCCUCCAUAGUCGUUUUGUGAAAGUCCAGAAUGAAGGAACAGGGAAAAGCUCCUGGUGGAUGGUCAAUCCAGAAGGUGGAAAAGGAGGCAAAGCUCCCAGAAGACGGGCUGUAUCGAUGGAUAACAGCAAGUACAUCAAGGGAGCCCGAGGACGUGCCACCAAGAAGAAAGCCUCGCUGCAGGCAGCUCAAGACGGCAGCUCAGAGAGCUCGUCCAGCCUCUCCAAAUGGACAGGAAGUCCCACAUCCCGCAGCAGCGACGAGUUAGAUGCCUGGACUGACUUCCGCUCCCGGACCAAUUCCAACGCCAGCACACUCAGCGGUCGUCUGUCCCCAAUCCUGGCCAACCUGGAACUGGACGAGGUGCCUGAUGACGACUCGCCCCUCUCCCCAAUGCUGUACUCCAGUCCCAGCAGCAUGUCCCCAUCCACGGGUCCCACAGGCCUCUCAGACCUGGCAGGCACCAUGAACCUCAACGACGGGCUCUCUGACAACCUGAUGGACGACCUUUUGGACAAUAUCAGCCUGACAGCUUCCCAGCAGCCUCCUCCUGGAGAGGAAGACAACGGAGCCAAUGGUCAGGGGAGCUCAGUGUUCACCUUCAGCUGCUCAGGAAGCAGUCUGGGUAGCCCCUCUGGCAGCUACGGGCCUAACCCUCUCUUUAGCCCGCCGUCCAUUACGAGCCUGCGCCAGUCACCCAUGCAGACCAUCCAGGAGAACAAGCAGACCACCUUCUCCUGCAUCUCGCACUUCAGUGACCACCAGACCCUGCAGGAUCUGCUCAGCCUGGACUCCCACGGUCACAGCAAUGUCAUGCUCACCCAGUCCGACCCCCUGAUGUCGCAGGCCAGCACCGCCAUCGCCCUGCAAAACUCCCGCCGAAACGCCAUGCUGCUCCGCAAAGACCAUAUGUUGGUAAACCACACCGGUGCUGGUCAGGGCCAAAGCUCUUCAGUGCCUAGUUGGCAAGCUGGCUUGUCAACCUCUGACAACGAUGCCGGACACCACGAUGCCAAGCAAACGCACCUGAAGUCUCCCAGCAAGAAUGCCUCUAUGCAGCUCGGCUCUGGUUUGUCCGGCCAGGACCGCUUUCCUGCCGAUCUGGACCUCGACGUAUUCAACGGCAGCCUGGAGUGUGACAUGGACUCCAUCAUCCGCAAUGAACUGAUGGACGCAGAUUGCCUGGACCUCAGCUUUGACUCCCGUCUCACCUCCGCCCAGAAUGGCAACAGGAAUUCAGGAAGCUUCUCCAGCUCGAAACAGACCUCCCCUAACAGCUGGGUCCCAAGCUGAGAAGCUCUGUCAGAGCUCUGGUAUGAAAAAGGGGGGAAAAUGUAAAUUGGGGUUCAUUGUCCUGCAUUGUGCAACUAGAGGGAAAGUAUGUAAACGUGUAUUCAUGUAGUAUUCUUUCUGUUAUUUCUUAUGUGAGGCAUUAAGUUUGAUACUGUAUUUAAGUGUCUAAGACACACAAUGGUGUCUUCACAGAGGAGAAAAAAAAUCUUUAAAAAGAUCAAUGCCGGGGCGGUGUGAACAACAGUAUUGACUGGAAUGAAAACACAGGACAUUUUGUUUAAAAUAUAUAAAAAGCAUCAACUCGUGUUAGUCUCAGGGAAUCACUCUAACAGUAUCACAAAGUGAUACACGAAACUGAAGAUGAAUUAUGUUUUCACCCUGCUUUCUCUCCUCUUUCACACCCUUUCAUACCUAAAACAACAUUUUUGCCAAACCAGCUGUCGGCCUGUUGUGACUGACAGCCUGUUUACAGAAAAAAAGCUGCAGCGAAUGUUACAUUGUUACGUUCCAGUGGAGGAUACUUGACAUGCUUUUUAUUUUUUAAAGUUUCUUUGAAAGACGUAGCCUAAAUGGACUAAAAAGAUUUAAAAAAACAAGUGUUAAUGAAAAGCUUUUUUUCCCAUGAUGAACAGAGUCACGCACCAAAUAUCAAUCUGUAGAGGUUAAAAUGUUAUCAAGAUGUGAACUGAUCUACAUUGUGUGGUUUUUGUAUGUAACGUUUUAUUCUCAUUUAGCAAAUUUUACCCUGUGAUUUUAGUGACAUUACUGUGAAUAUUCCUUCUGAAAAGGUGCAUUACUGAAGUCUUGAUAAUAUGGUGUUUCUGCUGCAGAUCCCUAUUCACCAUCUCCCCCCCCCCCCCCCACCCCCUCCUCCUCUUCUUCCUCUCCCACUUACUGCAAUAUUGGAAGUACAGCUCGGUAUACAGAGAUUAAAAACCCGUUUAGCAGGAAGCAGCAUCAUUUAGCUCUAGAUGACAUCAUUUAGCAAACACUUAAGACUAUUUGGAUUAAAAUAACCACCCAUAGAGACUCCACAGCACUCUACUACAAUAUUUUGGUGUUUGUUAAUUUGAAGGAGUUCUUGGUGCUAUGAAUAAGAAGAUAGCAGGGAGUGGCUGCAGAUGGAGCAGCAUGAGUAGCCUCCCCCUUGUUAUCAGCACUAUAGCAGGUGCUGGAAAAAUAUAAGCGUUUCCAACCCUGUGAGAGGAGGUCGUGUAGUAUCUUAGAGCCAUUUUGCCAUUUAAGACAGAAAAACAGUAUUUUAAAUAUUGCCAAAAUAUUUCUGCAUUUAUAGUGGAAAUAAGAGGAUAUACAGUGUAUAGAUAUAAGAAGCCUGUGCUAUAAGGGCAAAAAACACACAUCAGCACAGUUUUUGUAGGAACAGCAGGAUGAUUUUUUAAGUUUACAUUUUUAUCAGCUGGAAAUUUUUCACUGAAUUGUCUUCUUUUUUAUUGAAAUGUAUUUAUUUCCUUUUCCAUGUAACGUAUGUUAUGCUUUUUCCAUUUGACAUGUGGUAGAGCUUUUAAAAAGCACUUCUGUUGUAAAGGCCUGUUUAACUAUUUGACCUGCCCAUUUGUUAUUGAUUAGGACAAAACUGCACUGAAAAUGGUGCCUGAAAUAGAAGUUACCUUUAGGAAAUCUAAAUAUUCCACCAUGUUUAAAAGGAAUUGAAUACUUUUUGCUUAAUUUGAUUCAGCUAGACACAUUUUGCACAAAGAUGCUUCCAGAUAUCUUUUAGUAGCUUCAUGAGUCCCAUUUGAAAUAGAAAAAAAGGUAUUUUACUGACUUGAAGCUUCAUUUUUUUUUUCCACAUUAUUUUUGAGUAACAUUCACUGCCAAUACUCCAACUCCAUCUAUUCCUAUUGCUCCUACAAAACAGAAAAAAAGAGAGACAUAAAGUCGUCAUUGCCAGUUGUAAAUCCUAUUCCUAUCUUGGUUGUAUCAGAGAUGGUGCAUGUAAAUAAAGCUUAAAGAACCACUGAAACUCUGGAUAUUUUU